AUGCACGAACAAGCCCAGUACGCUCCUGCCGCACAUGUACCAUUCAUCAAAUCACCAAGUUUGCGUAUUCCUCAUCCUAUAGAAGUUCCUCCAGAUAUGCACCCUCUCCCUGACGAUAUCAAUGUCUACUUUGCCUAUCCAUUUACACUAGAGCCUCACGUCUUGACGCUCGAAUCGUCUCGUGCGGCGACAAUCGCUGCACACUCCGCGAGACAUGAAGCAUACCUUAAACGGCGCGAGGAAAACAAGGAGAGGCGGCGGCGAGAGGCACUCCGACGUAUAGCUCCUGGAUUUGAACCCCAGAGUGGGCCAUUAGUUCCUACAAAGAUCUCAGGGUUAAGCUCGACGAAUACAUCGGACACACGGAGGAACGAAGAUGAUUCUGUAAAAGACAAUGGAAGUGCUGUGUCGGGAGUUGACUAUGUUCAUCCUCGGAGUGUCAUGGACGAUCUUGUUGAUCACCUCGCAGCAUUGGACGCGGUGGCUGGUGCUGGUAACUCGUCGGACACACGGCCUAGCUACUAA